GUCAGUCACGGGCCAGCCUUUCCCUUAAGGAUGUCUGAGAGCUGGUCUCCUCACUCUUUUAAACUUUCCGCUUCUUAACUCACCCAUAUGUGUCCAUGUCGUUAAUCAUCUUGACGAGAGAUGAUGAACCCCGGAUAUUUACCCCAGACAGUGAUGCCGCUUCACCAGCAUUGCACUCUACUUCCCCGCUUCCCGAUCCUGCCUCAGCUUCUCCUCUCCACAGAGAAGAAAAAAUUCUGCCUAAAGUCUGCAACAUCGUUUCCUGCCUGAGUUUCAGCCUGCCAGCUUCUCCUACGGAUUCUGGACUUGCCAGCCCCACAAUCAUAACCAGAGAGGGGCAGCAAUUUUGGGCAAAAUGUCUGAUUUGGAAAUACCAACUUUACCUCCAUGGGCUCCACAAGAAAUCAGAUGGGAGAAGGGACAAGCAGAUAAGUGCAAGCCCAUCAACCUGAAGGCAUAAACCAC